AUGGGAACUGUUGAUGGAGAUUCAGCUAGUGAAAACAAAAAGACGGCUUGUGGUUACAAUAACAAAACAACUACCACCAUUCCUCCUCUUUGUGACUCGCUUUCUUGCCGUCUGCGCCCCAGUGCGGCGCCAUGUGUGGCGCGCGAGGUGUGUGUGUGGGGCCGUAAUCGCGUUCUCAAUUGCGCAGCGGCUGCAAUUCGCAAUGAUGAAGCGGACAAACUGAUUGGUUUGAGGUGUCAUUCUUUGAACACUUUAGAAAAGGCAUUAGAUUUGGUUGAAACUAAUACAAAUGCAAGUAAAUCAUUUGUAUCAGAUAAGGAUAAAGGAAAAUCAUCAUUAACUGUUGAGAAUAAUAUUCUAGUAGUUGAAAUGAUGACUUCUCAUUUUAAAAUUUUGCAAGAUCUGGAGUUUGUUGACCCCACCUACCGUAUUCCCAGGCAAGUAGAUUUAUUUUUAAGUGGAGAGGUCUUUUAAAUUUGAAAGACUGAGACUGCAGACUUAGGUUCACAUAAACCAAUUUUACGUAAUACAUCAUUUGGUUGGAUUUGCACAAGAACAAUGCCAUAUUUAAGUGAUUAGAAGCAUUAGCAAUUUCACAAUUGGGGGAUCGAAUUACCGAUGAAUAUUGUUG